UCGUCGGCUGAGAACGAUCAGAAUCAGCCGCAGCGGACGCUGUGCUGGGAAAGUGGAGUUUGCGUCGGCACCGACAGUCCACUCCAGUCUGUGACGUCACGAUUGCAAUGUGACGUCAUCGCUCCGUCGUGUGACGUCACUUCUCUGCAGUCUCGGCUGACGGCCCGUCGUGAGGGAGUACCGUCAGCGGCGGCGGCGCGGUCGGCGCGAAUCGAGCUCAGCGCGCAGGCCAGAGCGGCGGACAAGGGUCAGUGUCAGUGAAGCUGCGGGUCGAGAUUGGUUGGUCGGAGAGGCAGCCGAGUCAAGAGGAUCAAUCAAAGUCAGCGGCGAGCGACCUCCACUGCCAGCUAGAGCCUAGGAUCUGCGUGCCCUAAUUCACCAACAAAACAACAGCAACAACAACAACCUUCCGCUGGUCAGGAUGCGGCCGGGCGAUGCCAGGUCGCCGCCACCGGCGUUUUGGCCUCGGACAGCGUCUCCGGGCGGGCCGACGACGGUGGCGGGCCCGGCGCGAGGCUACUUCUGCAAGAUCUGCCGACUGCACUGCUCGGGACCGGAGCCGUGGCGCCAGCACAUUGACAGCGCGCGCCAUAUGAAACUGGAGAGGGACCUGCGCGCGCGGGGCGCGGCCGGCGCGGCGGACGGGUCCCCUGCCAACCCCGGCUCGCCGCUGGCCGUCUCCGACUCUGACUCCCCGACUCCCAGCCCGAGUCGGCGGCCCCCUGGCGCCGAGGCGAGGCCGUUCUUCUGUGAGGCGUGCCAGCUGGGCUGCUCGGGACCCGAGCCCUGGAGGCAGCACCUGCAGAGCGCCAAACACCUGAAGAGGUCGAGCCUGGAGCAGGCGGCCGGCGGAGUGGCCACCGGCCAGCAGAGCGUGGAGCACAUCCUCGGCUCUGGCGGAUCCCCAGCUCUGCCCUCCGCUCCAUCUGCGGGAGGCAGCGGCGGUAGCUUCUACUGCCAGUACUGCCGACUCAGCUGCUCGGGCCGUGAACCGUGGAGACAGCACGAAAACAGCGCCAAACAUCUGAAGAAGAAGGCGCAGGCCGAGGCGGCCGGGUUCUGGAGCCCUCCCUCUGCGGACCCCGUGGACGAUCGGCAGAGCCCGUCUGUGGCCUCCGACUCGGCGCCGGCCGCCGUUCCGCAGCCGGUCGACCACUCCUUCCACUGCGCCGCCUGCAGCAUCACCUGCUACGGCGCCGAGCCGUGGCGGCAGCACACGGAGAGCGGCAGACACCUGAAGCUGACGGCCGAGGCCGCUCGGAGGGAGAUUGGUGGGGGCUCGCAGGCGGUGUCCGACUCGCCGCAGCCGUCCGGCCGCUCCACCCCGGCCAGCCUGCCGGGCCGCCAGUACUACUGUGAACUGUGCCGGGUCGGCUGCUCCGGGCCCGAGCCCUACAAACAGCACGUGCAGAGCGCCAAGCACAUCAAAACGGCGGCGGAGACUGGACAGGCGGCCUCUCAGGAGCUACAACGCAGUUUGUCUUUGGCCAGCAGUGAGAGCAGUUUCGUCGUUCUGUCGGACUCUGCUGCUCCGCCGUCUCAGCCGUCCAGCCGCUCCACCCCGGCCAGCCUCCCGGGCCGCCAGUACUACUGUGAACUGUGCCGGGUCGGCUGCUCCGGGCCCGAGCCCUACAAACAGCACGUGCAGAGCGCCAAGCACAUCAAAAUGGCGGCCGACCACUGCGCGUCUGCCCCGGCCCCGGGGCCGGAGCCGGAGCCGGGGCCGGAGCCGGAGUUAGUUCCGGAGCCGGAAUCGGUCACCAUGAGUGAGGUAUCCAGCAGCUCUUCCUCUAUGGAAACAGCAGAGGCCCUACCGUGGCCGAGCACCAACCCGUUCAACCCCUUCUUGCCCUCGGCUGUCUCGGACGGAGCUGCGUCUUCCAAGGACCCGUUUUCGGCUGUCUCGGACGUCGCUGCGUCUUCCACCGAUCCGCCGUCGGCGUCGUCUGCGUCUUUCAGCGACCCGCCGUCGGCGUCUUCUGCGUCGGCGGCGGCGGGGGACGGGUCUGGCGUCCCGUCGCCGGCCCCGCGGGACUGGGAGUGGGUCCCAUCGACACCCUCCGAGAGAUCGGCCGUUACCGGCGCGGGGGAGGCGCUCAUCCCGCUGGCUGGUAGCUCCGCCAGCGGCCGAUCGACGCCGGCCUCUGGCCUCAGCAGCGGCCGCGCCACGCCGGCCAGAGGCCCGGCCACACCGGCCUUCGUCGGUGUGAUCGGAGGCGGGUACCGGUGUCACGUGUGUCAAAUAGACUGCACCGGCCCGGAGAGUCUGAGGCAGCACCUGGGCGGGACCAAACACCUGAAAAUGCUGGCGAUGAGCCCGCGCGCGGACCCAGGGGCGUCUGCGGACUGUGUGGACUCUCUGCAGGGGGCCGGCCCUGCGUCCCCUGCCGGCUGGCUCUCCGCCGGCGCCUCACCGGCCGCCCCUGCGUCCCCUGCCGGCUGGCUGUCUGCCGGCGCCUCACCGGCCGGCCCGUCCGCCCUCCUGGACCCGUGCCGCUCCAUCCGCCUCGGCAGUCAGCUGCACGACCAACUCGACCGAAAGGACGGCAUAUCGGAGCACGACUCGCUGACUGCCGCCGACUGCCUGCGCCGGCUGCAUCCAGAGGGACUGGUUGCCUUCCUCGAGGAUAUACCCCUGGUGCGCUGCAAUCAGCCGUUCUCGCGCGCGCGCUGCUGAGAGCUCGGCGGAGAGGCGGGAGGGGGUGCUAUUUCCAUUGGAUGUCAGUCAGAUACCCAUACUUUGGCCUACCAAUACCUAAUGCCCAUUGCCCACCCAGCCUUAUGUUUUGACAUUUUGUUAGUUUUCCCCUUCUCAAAUUAAUAUAAAACUCUCUGAAUAUCGGUAACUAUUUCUCUCAAUUUCCCAGGUUGGCCAAUUUUUGUUUUGUGUUUUACGUGGUUUGGUUUGUAUUCGCAUUUCCCUCCGGUAUCGGCGUCCCAAUUUUCUGUAACUGACAUCCAAUAGUACCCGCGGUGGAUAGCUGGUAGCCUGACGAUUAUGGUGGGGGAAGUAGGACUUUUCAUACCUGCUGUCGGGUACG